GUGUAUGUAUCUUAUAUUCUUCCUUGAAGAUGGAUGAGAAUGAUGGGAUGUUCUUGUGGAUUGUUUGUAUAUAUAGAAUUGGGUUGGGUUAUUGGAGAAGUAAAAACAUGUUUGAUUGCCAAGUAGAGUUAUAAGAGUAAGGGCAGUAUUAAUUAGUAAUAUUAAUUUCCUGAUGGAAAUCUCUCCACUCUCAAUUCUAUUCACCAUCAUUCACCUCUGCCUGCCUGCCUGCCUGCCUGCCUGCACACUGAUUAGUUCUCUACAUAUAUGUAUAUAGGAUAUGCAACUUGUUGCUGUAUGUAUAAUGUAUGUAUGUAUGUGUGGAUGUGCAGUGCAGUGCAGUUUCUCUCUCUCUCUCUCUCUCUCUCUCUAACGGCUACAGCAACGAAUGUAAUCAUCCAUCCAUCCAUGUCUGCCCUACCCUUUCCUCAUGACACGACUAGAUCCCUUUUCUUCUUGCACCAGCCUCAUCAGCUACCUAAUCUCAAUCAAAUUGCAUUUGUUUCUAUCUAUCUAUAUCUCCAUCCUUAAACCCAAAACCCUCAACCACUUCCAAGCGCUAGCUGCUCUUCUGGUCGCUCUCUUUCCUUUUUCUUCCCUUUCCCUCUGCUAACAUUACAUACACACCCAAUAUAUAUAUAUAUAUAUACUACUACUACUACCAUCCAUCCAUCAUCAUCACUCAUGGUUUUUGGAAACCAGCUUUAAUUUAGUGCGUGCACUGCAACCAAGUUAAUUACCUCUCUCCAUCGCCGCUUGCUUCUUUUCGUUCCAUUUCUCCCAAUAAUCAAAUUUUAGAGGGCUUUUGGUAAUUAACUCUCUACUAUAUAUAUACACUACUCUUGGGAUUGGCUUUGAAAAUUAUGGAUGGUGAGACUAAUUUAUCCCAAAUUUUCCAAGAACCCGAGCCGUUCGACGCUGCUAACUUCUCCACUGCUGCUUCCCCUCAGGACGACCUCUUCAGUGUUCUCCAAGCCUGGGAAUCUAAUAUCGCACCAGCUGUCAAACCCUGCACUUCAACACAGCUAGAUCAUGAAUUUGAAUUCCACAAGUCUAAUUCGUCCUCGUCUGAGCCCCCCAAAUGCUGCAGGAAGCCAUCUGCAACUGAAACUGCUACUUCCAUGGAAGAAUUAGGAGGAGCACCGCACAGGAUGUCUCACAUCACAGUGGAGAGAAACCGCCGGAAGCAAAUGAACGAACAUCUCGCCGUCCUUCGUUCCCUCAUGCCUUGCUUCUACGUCAAGCGAGGCGACCAGGCGUCCAUAAUCGGCGGCGUGGUGGAUUACAUCCAGGAACUGCAGCAAAUCCUGCAUUCUCUAGAGGCCAAGAAGCAGCGCAAAGUUGUUUAUUCGGAAGCAGUGGUUAUAAGCCCGAGGCCCGUACCGAGCCCGCUUAGUCCUCGGGGGAUGAUGCCACCAUUGAGCCCCAGAUUGAUGAGUCUCCCCAUAAGCCCCAGGACUCCUCAGCCCACCAGCCCCUACCGGCCGCCACCGGCUGCAGGCGGCGGCUACCACCUUAAUUCGCCGACCACACUAAAAAUUCCGCGCCCGAUGAUGGAGAUGGAGGUGCAGCCUUCACCGGGCCACUCGUCCACAAACGAGCACUACGAUGCGGCGGCGGCGGCGGUGGUUAAUGAGCUGGUGGCGACCUCGAAGUCAGCGGUGGCUGAAGUGGAGGUGAAGUUCGCAGGGCCGAAUUUGGUGGUGAAAACGGUGUCGCAUCGGAGGAUGCCCGGGCAGGCGGCGAGGAUCGUUUCGGCGCUGGAACAACUGGCCCUCGAAAUCCUCCAUCUCAAAAUCACCAUCCUCGAUCAUCAAACCAUGCUCAACCUCUUCACAAUUAAGGUUGGGAUCGAAUGCCAGCUGAGUGCAGAGGAACUGGCUCAGAAAAUCCAGCACACAUUUUGCUAGCAGGAAUUGAGAUGAUGACGAUUUGCAGGUAUGUAUGUAUGUGUAUGUAUAUGGAUCAAUAAGGGAAGGGAAGGGAAGGGCGCAACACACACACACACAUAAGUUGUAUGCAUACAGGCGGACAGACAGAGAUAUAUAGGAGAGUUGCUACCUAGCUAGCUUAAUUAUUCACUAAGCAUUCCAUUCCGAUUAAUGUUGAUCUGCAGCGCAGCAGCUUUAAUUGCUAAUUACUUUUACUUUUAA